UUGUGAGCGGGUAUGUUUUGUUUGUGGCAGCCAUUCUUUCUUCGUUGACGAAGCCAUAGUAGCUGAAUUCUCAACUCUCAGUCGACUGAAAUAUGUCUAAACUACAGUUGUUGCGGGUGUUUUUAAAUGAGCGCUUAAUGGCGACUGCUGUAGAUAUUUUCGGGGCAGUUGAGAAAACGGUAGCGGAGUACCAGGACGAGAAUGAUCGGCUACGGAGACUGCUGCGGAUCACCCCGGAGAAAACACUAUGUAAAAUAGACUCCCUGCAGCUCUCUCUCGCUGUCCCUGAAGUGGAGGUUCCACCUGAGCAGCAGCACUGUGAGCAGGAGUGGAGCCCCAGUCUGGGGCAGGAGGACCCAGAGCCCACACAGAUUAAAGAGGAACAGGAGGAACUCCGGGCCAGUCAGGAGGAAGAGCAGCUUCAAGGGCUCUUUGAUACCAAAGGCUCCAUAUUCCCUCCUCCUUUUGUGAAAAGUGAAUGUGAUCAGGAGGACCCACUUUGGUUCUUGACUCUUCCCCAAACCCAGACUGUGGAGAACAGAGAGAGUUACCCUAAACCAAUGGAUCUCACAUCUUUUGGCACUGUGACCCAUCUAAAGGGUCUCGACAUUCAUUGUGACCCUCCAGAUAAUCAAAACAAUGCAUCCAGCCACAGCUUCGCCAAAAGCAGCGACCCAGUAGGACUUGACAGCAGCCCACUAUUGGAUCCCAGCCCAGCUUUGGAUCUCAACCGACCAAUAGAGAAACACUGUUCCAAGCCCGGGAUCGUGUCCAGAAAAGCUCUGGAAGCUGACCUGCAGAGUCAUGUGACUCUCGCCAAGAAGAGCCUAAGUGAACGAUACAACUCCACCUGUAAACAGAAGACCCAUGUCCGACGCCGUCACAGUGGGAAACCCUGCACCUGCCCCUUUUGUGGGAAGACCUUCAAACAAAAAGGACAUCUGUCCAGGCACAUGAAUAUUCACACAGGAGAGAAACCUUUUAGCUGUGGUGACUGUGGGAAAAGCUUCAAUCGCAAGGAGCACCUCACUAAACAUAGACAGACUCACACAGGAGAGAAACCGUUUAGCUGUGGUGACUGUGGGAAAAGCUUCAAUCGCAAGGAGCACCUAACUAAACAUAAACGCAUUCACAGAGGAGAGAAACCAUUUAGCUGUGGAGACUGCGGGAAAAUUUUCAAUCGGAAGGGGAACCUGAACUUGCACAUACGGACUCACACAGGAGAUAAACAACAUGGCUGCUCUGUCUGUGGUAAAAGAUUCACUCAGAAGACUCAUCUGCUGAAGCAUAUGGAUAAUAUCCACAAAGAGAGGAAAGAAGAAAGAACAUCUUCACAGCAGCACUGUGAGCAGGAGUGGAGCCCCAGUCUGGGGCAGGAGGACCCAGAGCCCACACAGAUUAAAGAGGAAGAACUUGGGACGAGUCAGGAGCAAGAGCAGCUUCUAAGGCUUGUUGAUACCAAAGACUCCAUACUCAUUCUUCCCUGUGUGAAAAGUGAAUGUGACCAGGAGGACCAAUUUCACGAAUCCAAAGUAGUUGAAUACCAAACUCUCAGUCUACUGAAAAUGUCUAAACUGCAUUUGUUUGGUGGUUUUUUAAAUGAGCGUUUAACGGAGUCUGCUGCUGUGGAGAUUUUCGGGGCAGUUGAGAAAACGGUAGCGGAGUACCAGGAGGAGAAUGAUCAGCUACGGAGACUGCUGCGGAUCACACCGGAGAUAAAACUACGUAGAAUAGACUCCCUGCAGCUCUCUCUCUCUGUCUCUGAAGAGGAGGUUCCCCCUGAGCAGCAGCACUGUGAGCAGGAGUGGAGCCCCAGUCUGGGGCAGGAGGACCCAGAGCCCACACAGAUUAAAGAGGAAGAGGAGGAACUCAGGACCAGUCAGGAGGAAGAGCAGCUUCAAGGGCUCUUUGAUACCAAAGACUCCAUAUUCACUACUCCCUGUGUGAAAAGUGAAUGUGAUCAGGAGGACCCAUUUUGGUCAGUGACUCUUCCCCAAACCCAGACUGUGGAGAACAGAGAGAGUGACUCUAAACCAGUGGAUUUCAAACCUGUUGGCGCUGUGACCCACCUAAAGGGUCUCGACGUUCCCUGUCACCCUCCAGAUAAUCAGAACAAUGCCUCCAGCCACAGCUCAGCCGUAAGCAGCGACCCAGUAGGACUUGACAGCAGCCCACCAUUGGAUCCCAGUCCAACAUUGGGGGAACACCGUUCCAAUCCCAGCACCACGUCUAGAAAAACGAAUCACUGCCAUGACUGUGGUGAAACUCUCCCCAAGAAGAGACCCAAUGAAUGCCGCUUCUGCAAUAAACAAUACAACUCCACCUGUAAACAGAAGGCCCAUGUCAGACUCUGUCCCGUGGAGAAACCCUGCACCUGCCCUGUUUGUGGCAAGACCUUCAAAUACAAAAGCUAUCUGUCCAAGCACAUAAGGAUUCACACAGGAGAGAAACCAUUUAGCUGUGGUGACUGUGGGAAAAGCUUCAGUCUCAAGGAGCACCUUACCAGGCAUAAACAGACUCACACAGGAGAGAAAACAUUUAGCUGUGGUGACUGUGAGAAAAGCUUCAGUGACAAGUGGAACCUAAGGCAGCAUAAACUGACUCACACAGGAGGUAAAUCAUUUAGCUGUGGUGACUGUGGGAAAACCUUCGGUCUUAAUAGCAGCCUAACUGAACAUAUACGGACUCACACAGGAGAGAAACCAUUUAGCUGUGGUGACUGUGGGAAGAGCUUCCGUCUCAAGAAGACAUUAACUGAACAUAUACGGAUUCACACAGGAGAGAAACCAUUUAGUUGUGGUGACUGUGGGAAAUGUUUCAUUAACAAGUGGAACCUAAGACAGCAUAACCUGACUCACACAGGAGAGAAACCGUUUAGCUGUGGUGACUGUGGAAAAAGCUUCAGUCUUAAUAGGAGCCUAACUGAACAUAUACGAACUCACACAGGAGAGAAACCAUUUAGCUGUGGUGACUGUGGGAAGAGCUUCAUUCUCAAGAAGCGCCUAACCGUGCAUAAACUGACUCACACAGGAGAGAAACCAUUUAGCUGUGGUGACUGUGGGAGAAGCUUUGGUCUUAAGAGGAGCCUAACUGAACAUAUACGGAUUCACACAGGAGAGAAACCGUUUAGCUGUGGUGACUGUGGGAGAAGCUUCACUCAGAAGGCUCAUCUGCUGACCCAUGUGAAAAACAUCCACAAAGGAAGAAAACUGGAUGAAAACUGAAAGAAGAAUAUCAAAACAAAGAUGUUCUGUCAGAAGAUGGGAAUAACAAGGCAGGAUGUGAACAAAGCCACUCUGGAUCAUUCAUACUGUGGGUCUCAGAUAAUUGGAUGUGAGAAAGUUUCAAUCAGAAGGGAGACCUAAGGAGGCAUAUACUAACUCACACAGGAGAGAAACAACAUGGCUGCUCUGUCUGUGGUAAAAGAUUCAUUCGUAAGUCUCAUCUGCUGAAGCAUGUGAAUAACGUCCACAAAGAGAGGAAACGGGAUGAAAACAAGAACAAUUAAAAUUAGGACAAAAAAAAUCUACAGUUAGGACAAAGAGGAUCUUCAGUCAGGAGAUGGGAAUAACAAGGCAGGAUGUGGACAACACUCUUGGGAAAGGAGAGCAACUCCAGACCAUUCAUACUGUGGGUUUCAAAUAAAUGGAUGUGUGAUAAAGUAAUGUUUAUGUAAAAAAGUAUAUGUGAAUAAAGUUUUUGAUUUGAA